AGUACCGAAGCGGAUGAGAAAUUCUUUCAGACAGUUGCGCAUUAAUUAGUCUGGACUACGUUGUUCAGAGGAUGUAUGGUUGAUUUUUCUCUGUGUUUUGUUUAUUUAAAAUUUGUAGCCUUUUGUUAUCGUGUACAGAAUAUUUUAGGAAUCAGGCACUUUGUGGCAACGCUUGUUCAAAUUCAAUCCAAUCAGUUCCAAGGAAGGAGGGAUACUGUCGCGCGGGUCGCACCUGCCCUCGGGGACUGCUCUCAUCUGUCUCUUCAAUUGGAACCAAAACUGCGCUGGGGAGCUGUCCUGCAAAACAAGCUAUGGGAUACAAGGACAACUGCUGAGUUUCUUAGAUUUUGAUCUAAGGAUUUUUGGGAUUAAAAACGAAAGGGAAUUUGUCAUAUCACUUUUGGACUAUUAGACCUAGCCUCGAAUUUUCUCCGUUUUCAUCCUCAGCCAUCACUUUUGGCUCUUUCUUUGGGUUGAUUUUAUUGAAGUAGGCCUAUCAUCUGUGGUCGACAGAAUGGCCCCGCUCGACUGCGCGAAACUGUCAAUCCUCCUUCAUUUGAUCACAUAUAUAACCGGUCAGGUCAGCCUGCCGGCCCCUCUUCUGCUUCCCUCUGGGGACACACACCUUCGCCACACUGGGAAGUCACUCACCCUCACCUGCAGAGGUGCCGCCCAACUGCACUGGAGGCUGCCCUGGCGGGACGUCACCUCGGAGGGGGUGCGUGUGGAGGAGUGUGAGCCUCGGGUGCACGCCCACUGCAGUAAGUUGCUGGUGAGCCACCUGAGCCCCAACGACACGGGCCUCUACAGCUGCAGGUACACCCAGCCCUCCGCCGACUUCAGCUCCACCUACAUCUACGUCAAAGAUCACCAGCAUCCGUUUGUGGAGCACCAUUUCCCCAUUCCAGACACCUUGUUUACAUACAGACAUGAGGCCACCCUAGUGAUUCCCUGUAGAACAACUUCUCCUGACCAGAUUGUCACUCUUGAAGGGCUGCCACCCUUAUCAGAGGAGAUAGAACAAUUGAAGAAAUGGGACCCCAAAAUAGGCUUUGUGAUCCCAUAUGGUCCCUACGAAUCCUUUCGUCUCCUGACCUGUGUCACCAGCGUCAAUGACCAACAGGUCCAGUCGCAGUACAUCCCUCUGAGGCAAACUAACUUCCUGAGGAACGUAAAGAUCAACCCUGAACGUAUCAAGCUGUUAGUGGGAGAUACUCUGGUCCUCAACUGCUCUGCAGAGACCACCUUCAACGGAAGGAUCAACUUCCAAUGGGAAUACCCAAAGAGGAUGGUCAAUCGGAACCCCACCGUCAAUAAGAUCAGAGAGAAUCCGGCUUUGAUCACCAGGAUGUACAAAGCCAUCACCUUGUCCAACAUCACCAUGGACGACAGGGGCAUGUACAGGUGCACGGCGGAGAUAGGGAACGCUGAGAUGGGAAAAAAGGAACAGGCCUCAGCCAAGGUCACCAUCUACGAACAUCCAUACCUGAAUGUGUCCUAUAAGAAUGAAUGGGCCAGGAGAGUAGUCUACACAGAGGGUAGAAACAAGCUGAUGUUUGAACCCAAGGUCAAUGCACUGCCACCAACCGACACCAUCACAUGGUAUAAGGAUGGCGUCCCCAUCAACGAGAACUCCACUUGUUACGAGUCUUCAGGCUACAACCUACUCAUCAAGGACGUGAAGCAGAAGGAUGCCGGGGUCUUCACCAUCGCCCUGGGCAACAAGGAGAGAGGCCUCUACAGGAAUCUCAGCUACACUCUGGUAGUCCGAGUGAGGCCUAUGAUCUCAGAAGAGGAGGUGGCCUCGGUGGACGUCCAACCAUACAUGUUCGGCAAGCAGCACCAGCUAACCUGCACCGCCUUUGGAGUGCCCAUGCCCGACAUCACGUGGCUCUGGCAACCAUGCCACCCUGACCCCACCGACAAAGAGUGCACCCUUUACACUGAGCCAAUCCCAGUUCAAACGGAUGAUAAAGGGAACUACUCACACAACUGGAUUGAGAGCAUAAACAACCAAACUGAACUGGUGAAAGGAAAGAACAAGACUGUGAGUACGCUAGUAGUGGGAGCGGCUAACGUCACAGGGAUCUACUCCUGCGCAGCCCAGAACAAACUUGGCACCCGUACACUGAGAACCCCCUUCUAUGUAGACGAUCACCCUCAGCACCUGGCCAUUGAGCCCCAGACUGCCAUCGAGGGUGACAACGUCACUCUGACCUGCAGGGGGACUCGGUACCUGUACACAGACCUGCAGUGGAAGGACCCUCAGAACUCCACCAUCACCAACAACGUCACGGCCCUGCAGUUCAGCCCAUACUCUAUCUCUAUCUCCCUAAGCCUGCACAAUGUGUCCAGGAAUCACACAGCAGGCUACCAGUGCUGGGCACACAAGAUCCACAACAAGAGAGUUAUAGUCAAGACUGUGCUGACUGUGCAUGAGAGGAAGAGGCCGUGGCUGAGACAGAACCUGACCAAUCAAGAUAUAAACAGCAGCAGCACUCUGACUAUGGCCUGCUACGCCCUGGGUGUGCCCCCACCCUACAUCACCUGGUACAAAGACAACCUACCAGUACAGGAGGGUCCAGGUAUUACCCUGAGGGAGGAUGGGGUGCUGACGAUCAAGAGAGUGAAGAAAGACGAUGAGGGCUUGUACGAGUGUCUGGCCAGCAACGGUGAGGGGAGUGUGAAAGCCAGUGCUGUGGUCACUGUCGUGGGUGAUGAGGGGAAGCCCAACAUUGAGGUGAUCGUCCUGGUGUGUACAGGAGCUGCUGCCACCUUCCUCUGGCUCAUGCUCAUCCUCUUCAUCCGCAAGCUGAGGAAGUCUGUGGACUAUAAGAUGGGUCCAUCCAUCAUCAUCGACCCAGACGAGUUUCCUCUGGAUGAGCAGUGUGAACUCCUGCAGUAUGACAGCAGCAAGUGGGAGUUUCCCCGAGACCGCCUCAGACUGGGCAAAACUCUGGGCCAUGGAGCCUUCGGGAAAGUGGUGGAGGCUUCUGCUUUUGGGAUCGACAAGCUCUCGACCUGCAAGACUGUGGCUGUCAAAAUGCUGAAAGGAGGAGCUACGUCAAAUGAGCGCAAGGCUCUGAUGUCCGAGCUGAAGAUCCUGAUCCACAUUGGUCAUCAUCUGAACGUGGUCAACCUGCUGGGAGCCUGCACCAAGCCUGGAGGUCCGUUGAUGAUGAUAGUGGAGUACUGCAAAUAUGGAAACUUGUCAAACUACUUGAGAAGCAAGAGGGCUGAUUUCAUCGUCUAUAAGAGCCAGGACGGUAAGCUGGUGACGUCGGGGUCGGGCUGUGACCUCAGCGAGCUCAUCAAGCGGCGCCUGGAGAGCGUGGCAAGCACCGGAAGCUCGGCCAGCUCCGGCUUUGUGGAAGAUAAGAGCUACUGCGACUCAGAGGAAGAGGAGGAAGAGCCAGAGGAUCUGUACAAGAGAGUAUUGACAAUGGAAGAUUUGAUUUGCUACAGUUUCCAAGUUGCAAAAGGCAUGGAGUUCCUGGCUUCACGCAAGUGUAUUCAUCGUGACCUGGCUGCAAGAAACAUCUUACUGUCAGAGAAUAAUGUUGUGAAGAUUUGCGAUUUUGGACUGGCCAGAGACAUCUACAAAGACCCAGACUACAUUCGCAAAGGAGAUUCCAGACUGCCCCUCAAGUGGAUGGCGCCAGAGGCCAUUUUUGACAAGAUCUACACCACUCAGAGCGAUGUGUGGUCCUUUGGAGUCCUAAUGUGGGAGAUUUUCUCUCUGGGUGCCUCUCCAUAUCCUGGCUUACACAUCGACGAGGAGUUCUGCUGCCGACUGAAGGAAGGGACCAGGAUGAGAGCUCCGGAAUACUCCUCCUCUGAGAUAUACCAGACCAUGUUGGACUGCUGGCAGGGCGAGUCAGGAGACCGACCAACCUUCACUGAGCUGGUGGAGAGACUAGGAGACCUGCUACAGGCCAGUGUACAGCAGGAGGGCAAGCAUUACAUCCCUAUAGCAGCCCUACUGUCCAAGGAGGGAGACCCCUCCAACACGGCCCGGUCAGAGGAGACCAACACCAGGCCGCUCUCUCACCGCGACUCAGGGAGCACCUGGAACAUCCGGCCGGGAAGUGUGAAGACCUUUGACGAGGUUACCAUGGAGAACAGUUCUAACGACAACCAUGAGGGGGGACAGUCAGACAGUGGGAUGGGCCUGUCGUCUGACGAUGGGAACACGCUGAAGCGCCUGGAGUCUUUUGCCUGACCUCUCUGCAUCAUGGCCCUGGCGAUGAAGGAGGUGAGUCGGUGCUGACUGAGGAAAAGAAGGACAAGUACCCUCAGCCUGUCCCCUCUCUGGACUUCAUCCUGAGCAACUCUUCCCUGGAGCCCGGUCUGGAGUGCCACAGCCCGCAGCCCUCCACCCCACCUGUGUAGCCCUACCCCACCCCAUCGCCGUGGGAGACUAAACCCCCCCCCCCCCCUCCCCCCCUCCCCACCGCCCCGCCACUGGUGGAGAGUCUUACUGAAAGCCUCAAGGCCUCUCCUUUGUUCUCCUCUGUUCUAGCUCACUCUGGACUUCACAGCGCACCGUAAAACGCCUGCUGCUGCCUCUCUCCUUUUAACUUCCUCCAUUUCUCCUCCUCCCCGAGGCUUGAGCUAGAGACAAGUUUGAGACGCUUUGUUACAACGUGAGAUCUGUUACUUUAGGACUGUGACACCUUUCUGUGUAUCUGCACUUAGCCUGCCUGCUUCCCAUCAGCCCACUCUGCUAGAAGGAGGAAGAAGAGUCUGCCUUCACAGCCUGUCCCAGGGGUUCAUCUAUUUGCUGCUGGUCUUCUCCAUACCCCACUGUGAUAGCCACACCACAGGAGGUUGGUGGCACCUUAAUUGGGGAGGAUGAGCUCGUGGUAAUGGCUGGAGCAGAAUAGGUGGAAUGGUAUCAAGUACAUCAAACACAUGGUUUCUAUGUGUUUGAUGCCAUUCCUAUAGCUCCAUUCCAGACAUUAUUAUGAGCCGUCCUCCCCUCAGCAGCCUCCACUGAUCCACACAUACAGAUACCUAUAGAUAGCUAUAGACCAACAGCGCUUUCAGAAAGUUUUCAUACAGUUGAAGUCGGAAGUUUACAUACACUUAUGUUGGAGUCAUUAAAACUCGUUUUUCAACCACUCCACAAAUUUCUUGUCAACAAACUAUAGUUUUGGCAAGUCGGUUAGGACAUCUACUUUGUGCAUGACACAAGUCAUUUUUCCAACAAUUGUUUACGGACAGAUUAUUUCACUUAGAAUUCACUGUAUCACAAUUCCAGUGGGUCAGAAGUUUACAUACACUAAGUUGACUGUGCCUUUAAACAGCUUGGAAAAUUCCAGAAGAUGAUGUCAUGGCUUCAGAAGCUUCUGAUAGGUUAAUUGACAUAAUUUGAGUCAAUUGGAGGUGUACCUGUGGAUGUAUUUCAUGACCUACCUUCAAAUUCAGUGCCUCUUUGCUUGACAUCAUGGGAAAAUCAAAAGAGCCAAGACCUCAGAAAAAUUGUAGACCUCCACAAGUCUGGUUCAUCCUUGGGAGCAAUUUCCAAACGCCUGAAGGUGCCACGUUCACCUGUACAAACAGUAGUAAGCAAGUAUAAACACCAUGGGACCACGCAGCUGUAAUACCGCUCAGGAAGGAGACGCGUUCUGUCUCAUAGAGAUGAAUGUACUUCGGUGCGAAAAGUGCAAAUCAAUCCCAGAACAACAGCAAAGGACCUUGUGAAGAUGCUGGAGGAAACAGGUACAAAAGUAUCUAUAUCCACAGUAAAACGAGUCCUAUAUCAACAUAACCUGAAAGGCCACUCAGCAAGGAAGGAGCCACUGCUCCAAAACCACCAUAAAAAGCCAGACCACGGUUUGCAACUGCACAUGGGGACAAAGAUCGUACUUUUUGGAGAAAUGUUCUCUGGUCUGAUGAAACAAAAAUAGAACUGUUUGGCCAUAAUGACCAUCGUUAUGUUUGGAGGAAAAAGGGGGAGGCUUGCAAGCCGAAGAACACCAUCGCAACCGUGAAGCACGGGGGUGGCAGCAUCAUGUUGUGGGGGUGCUUUGCUGCAAGAGGGACUGGUGCACUUCACAAAAUAGAUGGCAUCAUGAGGCAGUACAAUUAUGUGGAUAUAUUGAAGCAACAUCUCAAGACAUCAGGCAGGAAAUUAAAGCUUGGUCGCAAAUGGGUCUUCCAUAUGGACACUGACCCCAAGCAUACUUCCAAAGUUGUGGCGAAAUGGCUUAAGGACAACAAAGUCAAGGUAUUGGAGUGGCCAUCACAAAGCCCUGACCUCAAUCCUAUAGAAGAUUUGUGGGCAGAACUGAAAAAGCGUGUGCAAACAAGGAGGCCUACAAACCUGACUCAGUUACACCAGCUCUGUCAGGAGGAAUGGGACAAAAUUCACCCAAAUUAUUGUGGGAAGCUUGUGGAAGGCUACCCGAAACGUUUGACCCAAGUUAAACAAUUUAAAGGCAAUGCUACCAAAUACUAAUUGAGUGUAUGUAAACUUCUGACCAAUUGGGAAUGUGAUGAAAGAAAUUAAAGCUGAAAUAAAUAAUUAUUUCUACUGUUAUUCUGACAUUUUACAUUCUUAAAAUAAAGUGGUGAUCCUAACUGACCUAAGACAGGGAUUUUUUUUAUUGGAUAAUAUGUCAGGAGUUGUGAAAAACUGAGUUUAAAUUUAUUUGGCUUAGGUGUAUGUAAACUUCCGACUUCAACGGUACCUCUUGACUUAAUCCACAUUUUGUUGUGUUACAGCCUGAAUUCAAAAUAGAUUAAAUAGAUUUUUUUCUCACCAAUCUACUGUACACACAAUACCCCAUAAUGACAAAGUGAAAACAUGUUUUUAGACAUUUUUGCAAAUUUAUUGAAAAUGAAAUACAGAAAUAACUCAUUCACAUCAUUAUUCACACCCCUGAGUCAAUUCUUUGUAGAAGCACCUUUGGCAGCGAUUACAACUUUGAGUCGUUCUGGGUAAGACUCUAAAAGCUUUCCACACCUGGAUUGUGUAACAUUUUCCCAUUAUUAUUUUCAAAAUUCUUCAAGCUCUGUCAAAUUGGUUGUUGAUCAUUGCUAAACAGCCAUUUUCAGGUCUUGCCAUAGAUUUUCAAGUAGAUUUAAGUCAAAACGGUAACUCGGCCUCUCAGGAACAUUCACAGUCUUCUUCGUAAGCAAUUGCAGUGUAGAUGUGGCCUUGUGUUUUAGGUGUAUCCUGAAAAACUCCCCAGUCCUUAACGAUUACAAGCAUACCUAUAACAUGAUGCAGCAACCACUAUUCUUGAAAAUAUGGAGAAUAGUACUCAGAAUUGUGUUGUAUUGGAUUUGCCCCAAACAUAACAAUUUGUAUUCAGGACAAAAAGUUAAUUGCUUUGACAAUUCUUUUGCAGUAUUACUUUAGCGCCUUGUUGCAAACAGGAUGCAUGUUUUAGAAAUAUUUUUUUUCUGUACAGGCUUCCUUUUCCCUCUGUCAAUCAGGUUAGUAUUGUGAAGAAACUACAAUGUUGUUGAGCCAACCUCAGUUUUCUGCUGUAACAGCCGUAAAACUCAGUAACUGUUUUAAAGUCACCAUUGGCCUCAUGGUGAAUUCCCUGAACAGUUUCCUUCCUCUCCGGCAACUGAGUUAGGAAGGAUGCCUGCAUCUUUGUAGUGACUGGGUGUAAAUAAUGACCACCAUGCUCAAAGGGAUAUUCAAUGUCUGCUUUUUAAAAUGUUUACCCAUCUGCCAAUGGGGGCCCUUCUUUGAGAGGCAUUGGAAAACGUCCCUGGUCUCUGUGGUUUAAUCUGUGUUUGAAAUUCACUGCUCGACUGAGGGACCUUACAAUUAUCUCUAUGUGUGCAUUACAGAGAUGAGAUAGUCAUUCAAAAAUAAUGUUAAACACUAUUAUUGCACACAGAGUGAGUCCAUGCAAGUUAUGUGACUUGUUAAGCAAAUGUUUACUCCUGAACUUAUUUAGGCUUGCCAUAACAAAGGGGUUGAAUACUUAUUUAAUUUAAUCCAUUUUAAAUUCAGGCAGUAAUACAAAACAAUGUGGUAAAAGUCAAGGGGUGUGAAUACUUUCUGAAUGCGCUGUAUGCAAACCUAAAGACAGGCUCAGGUAUUCCUAUGAUCUACUGUGAACAACACUAAGAAGCACAACAGAUUCCAGACGUAUAACGCAUGAAGUGUAGUGUGUAACUAUGUGGACGUGUUACUAUGGGGAUAAAAUAUGUAACAGAGAAAGAAAAGAGGUUGGAGAAUUGAGGCGUUUCUUGUUUUACUAUUUUAUUUCUGUACAAAUAUUUUAUAGAAUAGAAAACUGGAAAGUAAAUGUGCUAUUUUAUUAUAUUUAGUAAUAAUUAUUGUGUUUUCUUUUAGAUCGUAAUAUAAGAUUUAAUAAUCAUUCUUAUCACAAAGUUGUUAUUUUCAAGCAUAUAUUACUCAGCUUGACUUUAGCUAAUGCUCACGUUUUAAAAAGGCACCUGUUGGACAGAUUAUCGGAACGGUUUGUGAAUAAUUGAAUCUGCCAGUCUGAAAAGAUUUCUCACUUGAGUACUCCGAUCACCAGUCUUCCCAGUGAAUAUGUUUUUUAAAUAUUUUUUCCCAUUCGUCUCAGAGAGAAGGAAGGGUUGACACUGUAGAUGGGUAUUGGCUCAGUCUGAGUAGUAGUAGUUUCAACAGCCCAUGAAGUCCCAAUGCCCUCUGAAUAGGGUUAAGGUAUGAAAGGAACCGGGCAAAACGGAGAGUAAUACCACACUGCUUUGGAUUUAACACUACAUCUCUACCGUGAAGGCAUUUUAAACGAAAAGUCCUAUUUGGAUUCCUUACCCUAUCCCGAUAUGGGCCCGUUCAUGAGGAAAACCUAACUGUAUAUUAUUGUUAUGGCCCGAGUGCAAAAAGGAAAUGAGAUGAUACAAGAGAGCCACAUGGACAAAGCUAGUUAAAAACAUGAGCUUGGAUUAGAAUUUCACAUGAAGCGUGUGUCUGAGAAAGCACUAGUAAAAUAAACCAUGCAUAUUUAUUUAGGUUUAUAUUAUACGUUGUCGCUUAUUAAAUCCAGAUCAAAUGUUCUCUUAAAUAUGUCACACUGAAGAGUUAACCAAAGGAUUUGUACCCUCUGCCUCCUUGAUAACAAGAUAUGUAACAUUCCGGUAUUUCAUUCCAGAUUUAUAUGCUGUUUCCACUGCUGUAUACACUUUAAUUACAUUAGGAAAGAUGAAGGAAUUUACUGUUUGUUAGCAGGAAUAUUUAGAAUAGAAAGCUUCUGCUGCUGAUCCAUUUUGCUGCGCUAAAAGUGUUACUGAAGCUUGCAGGGCAGGCUACAGGAAUCCUAUGUGUUAUCCAGGCUGGUCACAAUACACUGGUCACUGAAAGUUAUGUUAUCUACUUGAUCACGUUUAGCCUGUAACUACCUUUAAAAACAAGGCUGUUAUGCACAGAUUAAGGAUAAAGUAUCAGGAUGAAGAGUUGAAAUGUUUGGAAAAAUAUGCAUCUUUGGUUAAAUAAAAAUUCCAGUGACACCAGCUAGUCUUUCCUUACAAAUAGGAGAAAUUGAUAGUUUGUGUGUGUUAAGCUACUACAAUAUGUGCCAAUACAUUAUUCAUUAAGGUUUAAUAUGAAUCCUGUCUCUAAACCCUGAAAUCCUGCCAAAUAAUUUUUGCAUUGUUAAUGUGGACUGACUGGGUCUUGUGUUCAUUGUGGAGGGGAAAAGUAUAUGCACUGAUAUUUUCUAUCAAAUAUAGAUUUUUUGUCAUCUAAAUGUAUUUUUAUUAUUAACCAAGCAUAAGAAGUGAAUAAAUUAAUAAAGAUCUAUAUAUUUAUAAAUUA